AUGGCUGUGGACUUUGGGGAUCCCGCCAGUGGUUUCCACCACAAUGAGGUGAUCCGUUUUAUCAACGAUGAAGUCCUCAUGAAUGGCGGCGGCCCGGAAUUCUACGUGGCCUUCCGCUCCCGAUCCUGGAGUGAGGUCGAGGACCGGCUUCAGGCAGUCGUGGUCGACCCGCAGGUACCGCGGUCCCUCAAGAGGGCCUGCGCCUGGAGUGCGCUGGCUUUGGCUGUGAGAGCUGCCGCGAGGCAGAGGGAGCAGCAGAUGCACAGGCUCCAGCAGCUGCAGGAGCAGGUGGAGGAACGCGAGGUAGCGUCCUGGGCUCUGGCCUCUGAGCUGCAGCAGCUACGAGAGAAGCGUGAGAUGGCAGCAGCACAGCUGCACUACGUACGGGCCGCCCUGCAGGUGACGCUGAAUGAGCGCGAUAUGCUGUAUCAGAGGCUGCUCCAGAUGGAGCCAUCUACCCAGUUUGCCCCUCCAGGCCAUGAAAUGGGUCUCGGGCUGGGGGCUGAGCAGCAACAUUGGGCUGCAGCGUGGCCCCUGAAUAUAGAGCAGCGGAGAGGGAUGGUGGCUAUGGAGGCACAUGGCAGGCUGUUUGGCCAGAUGCCAGCUCCAACAGCUGUUGUUUCCAUGCCUGGACACCCAGACCCCUGGGUCCAGACUGUACAACCACCUCUGCCAAUGACAGUGCCAAACUCUGUUCCUUUCUACCCACCAGUGGGGUUCCCAUUCUUGCUACCUCUACAACCCACGGUAUUCAUGGGAGCAGAAGCUGCAGCAGUUCCACCUUCACAGCCUCCUGUGGGGAUCUUCCCACCUGGCCCGUGGCCUGCAAUGGUCUUCCAGGAGGUGGCCCCUCAGAAGGACAACAACCAGGAGGCAAGUGCUGAGAUCCUCCAGGAGACAGUCCCCCCUGGGGACAACACCAGCCUCAGCCAGGAAGAACAUCCAGAGAUACUCCAGGAGAUGGCCUCCCUGGGUGAUGGUGGAAGCCACAACCAGGAAGAAGUCGUGCAGGGGAUCCAGGAGAGAGCCGUUCCCAGUGACACAGGGAGGCGCAUCCACGGAGAAGGUCUAGAAGGCCCUCGGGAGAUGGCACCUCUGGAGGACAAAGGGAACCAUACCCAGGGAGAAGAUCUAGUGACAUCCCAGGGACUGUCCCUUCUCGUGGAUAGUGAGUGCAGUAGCCAAGAAGAAGAGCCAGGAAAGUUCCAGGGGAUGGGCACCCUGGUGUUUCACAGAAGCCACAGCGGGCAAGAAGGUCCAAAGAAGUUCCAGAGGAUAGCUCCCCUGGAGUUUAGAGCAAGCCACAGCCAGCAAGAAGGUCCCGAAGAGGCCCAGGGGUUGGCCUCCCUGCGAGACAGCAGGAGCCGUGGCAUAAGAGAAAGCCCAAGGAAACCGCACACACAGUCGCGGAAGGCCAAGCAGCUGAAUGGAAGAACACCCUUGGAGUCCCAGCAGCAGCCUGCCCUAGGCUACUCUCCAGGAAAUUGGGACUGUCCUUCGUGUAAAACCAAUAAUUUUGCAGGGCGCAAAUGCUGCUUUAAAUGCAAGAGAGUCUUUAGGCCAGUUGAGAGUAGAUGCGUUGAUCCAGGACAAACUCAUUGA